AAGGAGACCAGGGAGCAGUAGGGAGAGUAAGUGGCAGGGAGAGCCUGAGAGCUACUGUGAAGCUGUGAAGGGGGAAGGCAGACUUUUUCCUAGCUAUGGCUGGAACAAAGGAACUUUUGAUGCUGGAAAACUUCAUAGAUGGAAAAUUUUUACCUUGUAACUCAUAUAUAGAUUCUUAUGACCCGUCGACAGGGGAGGUGUAUUGCAGAGUGCCAGACAGUGGAAAAGAAGAGAUCGACGCUGCAGUCCAGGCUGCCAGAAGAGCCUUUCCUGGCUGGUCAUCACGGAGCCCCCAGGAGCGCUCACAGGUCCUCAACAAGCUGGCAGAUUUGCUGGAGCAGUCCCUGGAGGAGUUGGCCCAGGCAGAAUCUCGAGACCAGGGAAAAACCUUAACACUGGCGAGAACCAUGGACAUUCCCCGGUCUGUGCAGAACUUCCGGUUCUUUGCAUCUUCUGUCCUGCACUACACAUCAGAGUGCACACAGAUGGACCACCUUGGCUGCAUGCACUACACUGUGCGGACCCCAGUGGGGAUCGCUGGUCUGAUCAGUCCUUGGAAUUUGCCACUCUACUUGCUGACCUGGAAGAUUGCUCCGGCCAUUGCUGCAGGGAAUACUGUAAUCGCCAAGCCCAGCGAGCUGACUUCAGUGACUGCGUGGAUGUUGUGUAAACUCCUGGAUAAAGCCGGUGUUCCACCAGGUGUGGUCAAUAUUGUGUUUGGAACGGGGCCCAGGGUCGGGGAGGCCCUGGUGUCCCACCCAGAGGUGCCGCUCAUCUCCUUCACCGGGAGCCAGCCCACAGCUGAGCGGAUCACCCAGCUUAGUGCUCCCCACUGCAAGAAGCUCUCCCUGGAGCUGGGAGGCAAGAAUCCUGCCAUCAUCUUUGAGGACGCCAACCUGGACGAGUGCAUUCCAGCCACUGUCAGGUCCAGCUUUGCUAACCAGGGUGAAAUCUGCCUCUGUACCAGCAGGAUCUUUGUCCAAAAGAGCAUCUAUAGUGAAUUUUUAAAGAGAUUUGUGGAAGCUACCAGAAAGUGGAAAGUCAGCGUUCCUUCUGAUCCAUCAGCCAGCAUGGGUGCUCUGAUAAGUAAAGCACAUUUGGAGAAAGUGAGAAAUUACGUCAAGAAAGCUCUCACUGAAGGCGCUCGCAUUCAGUGUGGGGAGGGAGUGGAUGAGUUGCACCUACCCGCCAGGAACCAGGCAGGAUACUUUAUGCUUCCCACGGUGAUAACAGACAUUAAGGAUGAAUCCUGCUGCAUGAGAGAAGAGAUAUUCGGCCCAGUGACGUGUGUCACGCCCUUCCAUAAUGAAGAGGAAGUGAUCCAAAGAGCCAACAAUGUUAAAUAUGGGCUGGCAGCUACAGUGUGGUCAAGAGAUGUGGGGCGUGUCCACCGGGUGGCUAAGAAGCUGCAGUCAGGCUUGGUCUGGACCAACUGCUGGCUCAUCAGAGAGCUGAACCUUCCUUUUGGGGGGAUGAAGAGUUCUGGGAUAGGUAGAGAAGGAGCUAAGGACUCUUACGACUUCUUCACUGAAAUCAAAACCAUCACUGUUAAACACUGACCUUUGCCAACGGUGAAGCCCGGUGGUCCAGGCCUGGCUGCAGAGGUCAGCUUUUCAGUGAGGUGAUCUGAUAUAGUGGCAUAAUUUCCAGCCAUGUCGUGACUUGGCGGAAGCUUAUCUAUAGCUUAUCCUGAUUGGUUAGUAAUUUUACCUGCUGAUGAAGAGAUGCCUUGUUCAAUAUGGACUCAAUGAAGAAAAGACUUCUGAACAGGAAGGCACAACAAGGAAGGCAAACAGUUGCUGUGCUCCUCCCUAGUCUGUCUUCAUAGUAUUUGUUCCAUCAUCUUGAUUGAAUUCUUCAAAAUGGUAGAUAUUUUCAUUUAAAAGUAUUUGGCAAAACCAAAAAAAUCUACAAAGCAAAGGAGAAAUGAAUAAAAUCAUAAUUUCCCGGCUUUGGGGAGAUUAUGGAGAUGGUCUCCCCAGCCAUUAAUCACUAGCAUGGUCAAUUGAUAAUUGAAUGGACUUUAUUAUGUCAGGGGACAGUGGAUGUCCUUGGAUUUGUUAGGGGACACCUAUGUGGUAGCCCCUGCUGAACAUAUCUGUACAAGGAUUAAAAAAAUAACUACCACUUUUGGAGUAAACUUUGAACAAGAAGAGAAAAUAGUUUGAUCCAUUUCUAUUGUUAAGUCUGAUCGAUUCCACGUCUUAUUGUUUGCAUCUAAUGAGGUUCACAACUUACUAAUCCUAAAAGAAGUAAUAAAUGUUAAGCAAAUUUAGUAA